AUGUCUACUGAUCAUCUUAACGUAGAAUUUAAACUUCAUCCUGUUCCAGAAUGUCUUUUAUCACGCAAUCCUCCUCCUCAUGUUAACUCUUUCGAGCAAUAUAAAAAGAUUCAUGAAGAGAGUGUCAAAAAUCCUACGGAAUUUUGGGGAAAACUCGCUAAUGAACUUCUUACUUGGCACACUCCCUUCAAAACUGUUCUAUCUGGAGGUUUCGAACAUGGUGAUGUUACUUGGUUCCGUGAAGGUGAAUUGAAUGCCUCUUAUAAUUGUGUGGAUAGGCAUGCUAUUAAAAAUCCUGAUAAGGUUGCAAUCAUUUAUGAAGCUGAUGAACCUGGCCAGGAUCGCAAAAUUACUUACGGUGAACUUUUACGCGAUGUUUGCCGUUUCGCUAACGUAUUGAAAGCUCAUGGUGUUAAAAAAGGUGAUACCGUCGCUAUCUACAUGCCAAUGGUCCCUGAAGCUGUUGUUGCUUUCUUAGCUUGCGCUCGUCUCGGUGCUAUACAUUCUGUAGUAUUUGCCGGUUUCUCUUCAGAAUCUUUACGUAAUCGUAUUUUAGAUGCUUCUAGUAGAUUUAUUAUAACUGCUGAUGAAGGUCGUCGUGGUGGUAAAACUAUUCAUACUAAAAAAAUUGUUGAUGAAGCUUUAUUGGGUUGCCCUGAUGUAGAACGCGUUUUCGUAUUUCGUCGUACUGGUUCUUCUGUUCCAUUUUGCUCCCCUCGUGACGUAUGGUGGCAUGAGGAAUUAGAUAAACAACGUCCUCAUUGUCCUCCUGAAAUUUGUAACGCUGAAGAUCCUUUAUUCAUACUUUAUACUUCUGGUUCUACUGGUAAACCAAAAGGUCUCCUUCACACUACGGCUGGUUAUUUAUUAGGUGCUGCUACUACUGUUAAAUAUGUUUUUGAUUAUCAGGAUGGUGAUAUUUAUGGUUGUAUGGCUGAUAUUGGUUGGAUUACUGGUCAUACUUAUAUCAUCUAUGGUCCAUUGGCACUUGGUGGUACUAGUGUAUUAUUUGAAUCAACUCCUGUAUAUCCUUCUCCAAGUCGGUAUUGGGAAGUUGUUGCCAAACAUAAGAUUACUCAAUUUUAUACCGCUCCAACUGCUAUUCGUUUAUUACGUAAAUUUGGUCGUGAACCUGUAGAUUGUCAUGAUCUUUCAAGUUUAAGAGUUAUCGGUUCAGUUGGUGAACCUAUUAAUCCUGAAGCUUGGGAAUGGUAUAAUGAAGUCGUAGGUCGAAAUGUUUGUUCUGUAGUUGAUACUUAUUGGCAAACUGAAACUGGUUCAAUUAUUGUGACUCCGUUACCUGGUGCCACUGCAACAAAACCUGGUUCUGCUACUUUUCCUUUCUUCGGUAUUGACCUUGUCGUAUUAAAUCCAGAAACCGGUGAAGAGAUAAAAACAACUGAAGCAGAAGGUGUUUUAGCCAUACGUAAACCUUGGCCAUCAAUGACACGCUCUGUUUAUAAUGAUCAUAAUCGAUAUCUUGAUACUUAUCUAAGACCUUUUAAAGGUUAUUACUUUUCAGGUGAUGGUGUUGGCCGAGAUUGUAAUGGUUAUUAUUGGAUUCGUGGACGUGUAGAUGAUGUUAUUAAUGUAGCAGGUCAUAGAUUAUCAACUGCUGAAAUCGAAUCUGCCUUAAUCAUGCAUAAUGCAACCGCUGAAGCUGCUGCUAUUGGUGUAGCUAGUGAAUUAAAAGGUCAAUGUGUGCAUGCCUUUGUCACUUUGAAACCAAAUUGUGAAAAUACUGAUGUAAAAGAUUUAAUAUUGCAAGUUCGUAAAUCUAUUGGUCCUUUUGCUGCACCAGAAAAGGUUUAUAUUGUUAAUGAUUUGCCAAAGACUAGAAGUGGAAAAAUAAUGAGACGUGUUUUGAGAAAAAUUGUUGAUGGUCAAACUGAUUCUUUAGGUGAUUUAUCUACUUUAGCAGAUCCUAAGAUGGUUGAUACUUUGAUCGAAACUAUUAAAAAAUCGUAG